UGCACAGAUUUACUAGUGCUCAUGAAUUUGAUCUUGCACAAUUUUUUGCCUUUACUUGUAGGUUCAUUGUCACAAAUAAUGGUUCUGGUCAUAGCAUAGCUGGCUUGAGGUACAAGGAGUAUCAACUCCAGGAUUACAGUCCAUGGUUUGUAAAACAAUUGAACAAUACCCAUAACUGGAAGCACUUACAGAGCUGUCUUGUGAAAUCUGAUGACUGCAAAAACCUAUACAAAAAGUAUAAGACUCUCAAGCAAUACAAAUUGGCAAAGCUAACCCCUAUCGAGGCUGGUUGUUGUCGACCACCAUCUGAAUGCGGUUAUCCUGCUGUUAAUGCUUCAUACUAUGACAUGAGCUUCCACCCAGUUAGUUCAAACAAGGACUGCAAACUUUACAAAAAUGCCCGGGACAUCAAGUGCUACAACUGCGAUUCCUGCAAGGCCGGAGUUGCACAAUACAUGAAAACUGAGUGGAGAGUGGUUGCGAUCUUUAACGUGGCUCUAUUUGUUGUUCUGUCUAUGAUAUAUUUUGUGGGAUGCUGCGCGAGACGAAAUGCUGCAACAGUCCGUUCUAAAGAUUAGAAAUGGCCCUACCUCAGAAACCCUCCAAGGGGAAGAAAACUACUGUUCCUGAAGAUCGAUUUGUGCAACCCAUGAAUGAUUUCUUCUUCUUGUUGAUUGAAACAAAGAAAUUGUUCCUUUAUACAAUGGGUCAGUACUUUCUGGCUUGAGGCUUUCUGUCUAAAGUUUUUGUAAAAAAUGAUUUAUGAUUCUAUGGAAACAAAUUAUAUAAUUUCUUUAACAGUCAGAGAUUUGAGUGUGAAGUAUUAUUUUCUAUCA